AUGCAAGGAAGUUUGUUGAAGCUUGUGAUAGAUGUCAGAGAAUGGAGAAUAUCUCCAGAAGACAUGAAAUACCCUUCAACAACAUAUUGGAGGUUGAAAUCUUCGAUGUGUGGGGAAUUAAUUUCAUGGGACCUUUUUCCCCAUCUUAUGGCAACAAAUACAUCCUUGUUUCGGUGGAUUACAUCUCUAAGUGCGUGGAGCAAAUUAUAUUUAACGAUUCUCGGGGUAGUCAUUGCCUUCCUCAAGAGGAAUAUAUUCGUCCGGUACAGAGUACCGCGAGCAAUUAUAAGUGACGGAGGAACGCACUUUGACAACAGACAAGUGGAGUAUGUGCUGGCUAAAUGCAGAGUGAAACACAAGAUCGCCACGCCUUAUCAUCCGCAAACAAGUGGGCAAGUGGAAAUUUCCAACCGAGAGCUGAAGAGUAUCUUGGAAAAGACGGUUGGGAGUUCCAGAAGAGACUGGUCCAAAAAUCUCGAUGACGCACUAUGGGCAUACCAGACUGCAUUCAAAACUCCGAUUGGUAUGUCUCCUUUCCAAUUAUUGUUCGGAAAGGCUUGUCAUUUACUAGUGGAGCUAGAGCAUAGAGCCUUAUGGGCGAUCAAGUACUUGAACUUUGACUCCAAGACUGCAGCUGAGAAGAGACUUCUUCAAUUGGAUGAGCUCGAUGAAUUCAGAUUAUCCGCAUAUGAAAACACAAGUUUAUACAAGGAGAAAACGAAGAAGUGA